CUGCAUUGGAUUGCCAUUUCUUGUCUGGGACAGGAGUUUCAGUAAAGACGCUGAGUAAACGGCGCUGUUACCUGUGCUCUUACUACAUCAACUCGCUCAUUUGCGCAGCCAAAUGCUCCUCAAAACAAUCUCCCUGUCCUAGGCGAACUUAAGCGACACACACUACAAUGGAUGACGGUUCGGAGCACGACGCUGGUGGCGCUAUUACAACAAAUGAGGGAACCAAGAAACGACGGGUGCAGAGGGCGUGCGAUUUGUGUAGACGAAAGAAAAUUAGAUGCGAUGCCUCGUCCAUGCCCGACCAACGGUGCUCGAUAUGCGUAGCCGCUAAUGUUUCCUGUACUUAUCUUGAGGAGGCCAAGAAAAAAGGUCCAUCAAAAAAGUACAUCCUUGAGUUAGAGACGAAAGUACAGAAGAUGGAGAAGCUCUUGCACACGAUGCUGCCGGAGGAGGAGCUCGAAGGGUACCUACACGACGAGUCUAACUGGAAGCACUGUGAAGACUUACCGCGGCGCGCCGGCACCGUCGAGUGCUUCACCACCGAAAUAGAACACAAAUAUUUGAUAGAACCCGAGAAUGUUUUUCUGGAGCAAGCUUCGGAGUUCUUCAAGGAUCAAACCAUGGGCCUUCGAUUCCUGGGUAAAUCAAGUGGCGUCCACUUGAUUCAAUCAGCGGUGGAUCUUAAGUAUGGGGUCAUAGAGCAGCCGCUUUACUUAUUCCCCCACGUCAGGCCAGAGUUUUGGCACUCACCACGUUGGGAACCGAGCCAGCAUGAUCAUUUUGUGACAGGUGCAGCCUUCACAUUUCCUCCGGAUGAUCUUUUGUGGUCUUUGGUCGACAUCUACUUUCAGCGCAUCAACAUCCUCGUCCCGCUCCUGCAUCGGCCGACGUUCGAGAGGUUAAUUGGAGAGAAACAUCAUACUCAGGACCACAUGUUUGGUUCUUUGCUGUUGCUGGUGUGCGCUGUGUCAUCAAGGUAUUCAGAUGAUCCGCGCGUUCUGAUCGAAGGAGAGGAGUCGAAGCAGUCCAGUGGUUGGAAAUGGGUUCAUCAAGUGAUGGAUACCCGUAAUUGCAAACCGUUAGUAGGUGCGCCGUCAUUAUACGACUUGCAAGUGCUCUGUCUUUUUGCAGAAUUCUUGGAGGGCUCUUCGGUACCUCAUUUGGCGUGGACGGUCGUGGGUGUUGGUAUUCGGCUAGCUCAGGACACAGGCAGCCAUCGGCGAAAGGCGAACAAUCCACCUAACACCGUUGAGGCUGAGAUGUGGAGAAGGACGUUCUGGAGUCUCAUAUACAUGGAUCGAGUGAUUAGUUCUCUUACGGGACGGUCAGUGGCUUUGUAUGAUGAAGAGAUUGACGUCGACCUCCCUACCGAGUGUGAUGAUGAAUAUUGGGAAGCCUCUGACCCAGCACAGGCAUUCAAGCAACCAGCUGGAAAACCUUCCGUCAUUGCGUACUUCAAUUGUUGUCUCAGACUCAGUCAGUUGUUGACGUUCUGCUUGCGCACAAUCUACUCGGUGAAGAGGUCAAGAGCCUUGCUUGGCUUUCUCGAUCCGAAUUGGGAAUAUCAGGUGGUUGCGGAUCUGGAUUCGGCACUUAAUAAAUGGAUUGACUCAAUCCCUCCACAUCUCCGAUGGGAUCCCAAUCGCGUCAAUCUUGUCCAUUUCAAUCAAUCUGCGUCGUUGUAUAUGUACUACUAUCACCUACAAAAACUAAUCCACCGGCCUUUUAUCACGAAACCACAAGACUCCAAGUUUCGAUUUCCAUCGCUUGCAAUAUGUACCAACGCUGCUCGUGCAUCAUCACAUGUUGCAGACUUGCAACGUCGUCGUGCUGGAGUAGUCGCCGACAAUGCUUUGUUGGCGUUUGAUGCUGGGAUUAUCCUUCUGUUCAAUAUUUGGGGCGGGAAGCGUACGGGCUUGUCCUUGGACCCUUAUAAAGAGAUGGAUGAUGUCCAUAAGUGCAUGAAGGUUCUACAGAGCUUAGAUUCACGGUGGCACUUUGCGGGAAAGCUAUGGGAUAUACUGUACGAGUUAGCCUUCGUGGGCGAUUUGCCGUUGCCCAACACACCCUCCCCGAGUAACAAGCGAGAACGAGACGAGGAUGAAGAAGAGCGAAUUAGUGCCGAAAACUCGAACUACUCUUCUGAAUCUUACCCCCUACCCGAUGACCCGCAAGAUGUGUCUACUUUUGACUGGCCUAUUGAAGAGCCGGUAUCGGUGCAGAACUUUGCAUUGGACAUGCCUCCGAAGUCUCUACAGCCUCAGAGUCAUAAUGUCCCGUUACCCAUGAAUAGCACUGAGCUUGGACGGGGCAAUCCUACUGGCAUGCCAACAGCGGAGGCUACGUAUUAUUACGACAGUAGUGAUAUCUUUACGGCGGAAGGUUCACGACAGAUUUCGGAGGGAACGACAGGCAUGUGGACGAAUGACGACAAUACGAUAGCAAUGUGGAACAGUGUUCCCAAUACAUUUGAGAUGGAUGAUUGGGAUAAUUACUUGGCUAGUUUCAAUCUUUCUAAUCAGAACUAUCAGUAAAACACGAUUGUGAUGACCGUAUGCUAAUCAUGUUGUAGUAGGACAUACUUUACUUCUGGGAUAAUUAUUUAUUUUUUGGCCCAGUCGACGGC